AGUUGUGUUGUUGUCGCGCGGCGCGCAGCUCGCGGUGAUAACGCGAUGGCACGGCGACCUGCGCACGCGCACCACACGUCGCUCCGCAGCUUUAAGCUCCCGCGCCCUCGCCGCUACCACCCCUAGUGUUGGAAUGGAUUUACAAGUGAUAGUGCUCACUGAAAAAAACUUUGUAUGAAAAGUACUGUGCAUACAAUAUUCGGAAUUGAACAUAGUGUACUAAAGAAAGUGAAACUUAUUCUGUGAAAAAUUCAAAUAUAGUAAAGGGAUAAUUUACAUUAACUUUUUAAUUAAAGUGUAACAAACGAAAACUGAAAAACUAAAUCGGUGGUUGUAUGGACAUUUUUGAUAAAAACAGCGUACAAAAACCGCCGCCAAACUGUCUACCGCAAAUGAGAUUAUUCCCAAUUACCACGACCAAGCGCUAAUAGGUCGGUGGCGCACGAGCCCGAUGAGCGCGUGCGCGGCGGCCGCCAUGCGCGAAAAACACGCGGCGCCGCGCCGCCUUGCCUCCCCGCCCUCCUCGCCGCACGACACGCACCCUAGCCCUCUCGGCUCCCCUCGCGCCGAUGAGCCGCUCGACCUGAGAGUAACCCACAAGCGGCCGCAGCGGCUCGAGGAUGAGAACUGCAACCUGAUCGUGCCCUCUCCGCCGCCGCACCCGACGCACCCAACGCACCCGGCCCACCCUGCGCACCCAGCGCUGCUACAGUUUUGUCGACGACUACCGCUAGCUUUACCAGCCUCCUUCGGCCGCUACCCUUUCCUCCCGGCAGCCGCGGCGACCCUCCUAGCUCCGGGGGCACCGCGGCCACCGCCCGUGCCGCCGAACCCCGGAGUCAACAGAGCUCGCGAUCGGUACACGUGCUCGUACUGUGGCAAAGCGUUUCCACGCAGUGCAAACCUCACCAGACAUUUACGGACGCACACGGGCGAACAGCCCUACCGCUGUAAAUACUGUGAACGUUCCUUCUCCAUUUCGUCGAAUCUCCAGAGACACGUGAGAAACAUUCAUAAUAAAGAGCGACCGUUCAGAUGUCGCCACUGCGACCGUUGCUUCGGGCAGCAAACUAACCUCGAUAGGCAUCUGAAGAAACACGAGGCGGAAAAUGGGGACGACGGCCGUCGAAGAUCACCGGAGGAGACAUACUUCGAGGAGAUUAGAUCAUUCAUGGGGCGCGUGGCCCCGGCGCGCCGCGCAGCAGCAACGGCUGCCACCGGCCUCGACCACACCUGAUAGUGGCCGAAGUCAAGCUAAUUCUCCGUUGCAAUUAUCUGGUCGAAGCAUCCAAAUGACACUUGUGUAUAAAUAUAACAAUACCUUGUACUAUGUAUGAUAUUUUCGAUCGGUAUGACGCGCCAAUGAAACUAUUAUGCUAUCUAGUUAUACCUCUACCUUAUUGUUAUUAAAUAAAUGAACCUGUUCUGUAUUAUAAUAAAAAUUCUGUAUAUAUGUCUUUAUUGUUACCGAGUCCACUUGAUUUACCUCUAAUUCUUGGCGAAGUCUAGUGAUAGGGGCUACUCGCCACCCUGUCUGUCUUACGGUAGCUUGAUAGAUGUAUUAACGAAGUGAUAACUUGUCGCGUACGUAAUGUAAAUAUAAGAUUGUGCAAACUAGUUUAGUUCCGUACCGAAUUUUUCACUACCGAUAGAAGUUAUACUAGAGUAACGGAUAAUAUAUUCCUUAAGCAUCGUUGACGUUAGUCAAACUAUGCUAAGGUCCUCUUUACAUAAGGCUACGCAAAUCUCUGAUAAAAUUGUUUGAUCCUUUUGUCGCAAAUAUCACGUAACGCGCGUUACAGGUAUAGCAUAGCGACUGACAAGAAUUUAUGAAAAAUAGUGGCAAUUUUUUUAACGUUCUGCACCAAUAGAGAAUCUAUCAGGAAUUUUGUAUAAGAUGUCAUGCACAAAUUCUAAUACAAAUAUAAUGUUAGGAAGACAUUCUCAAGCUCUUUGGUAGCGAGCGACUGGCUUCGGCGACGAAGAUCUAAAAAGAUUGUAUUGAAAAAAUCGCUUAGACACUAUUAUAAAUUGCAGGGUAUCGGAUAUUUGCAUAGCCUUGUGUACGAAGGGCCUUUAGUGUUCCGAGAGUGUUCGCUACUUUAGAUUUACAAUUUAAUAAUAUAUAUUGUAUGAAUGUAAGUUGACUUCUUGUACUAUUUUUGUAUAAAAUUUGCUUUUUCGAUGUAAAAUAUUUAGUUAUGUAGUCUGAAAGGAAUCGCCGGU